AUGGCGUUGGAUAACUACUAUCGCAACAAGAUUGAGGGGAUGAAGCUGGAGAUCAUUCAGGGCCAGGCAGUCCUUCGGCGGUUAGAAGCACAGCGCAAUGACUACAACUCGCGGGUGCGUCUGCUGCGGGAGGAGCUGGGUCUGCUUCAACAACCAGGCUCGUACGUUGGAGAGGUGGUGAAGGUGAUGAGCACUAAGAAGGUGCUUGUGAAGGUGCACCCGGAAGGCAAAUAUGGUACCGUCAUCCCUCUUUUCCUUACUGUGAGAAGUUUUUACGUGGUUGAUAUCGCCGAUGGCGUGGAUAUUGCGAAGCUUACCGUGGGCAAACGGGUGGCUCUACUCUCAGACUCGUACAAGUUGGAAAAGAUGCUGCCAUCAUCGGUUGAUCCACUUGUAUCACUGAUGAUGGUGGAGAAGGUGCCGGAUAGUACAUAUGACAUGAUUGGUGGUCUGGAUCAACAGAUCAAGGAAAUCAAGGAAGUGAUCGAACUCGGUCUUAAGCACCCGGAGCUGUUCGAGUCGCUGGGUAUCGCACAGCCAAAGGGUGUCCUGUUGUACGGGCCUCCUGGUACUGGCAAGACCCUCCUGGCCAGAGCGGUGGCCCAUCAUACCGACUGCCGUUUCAUUCGUGUGAGCGGCUCGGAGUUAGUCCAGAAAUAUAUCGGCGAGGGCAGUCGUAUGGUACGAGAGCUGUUCGUGAUGGCCCGAGAGCACGCCCCGAGUAUCAUCUUCAUGGAUGAGAUCGAUAGCAUUGGCUCCAGCCGGAUAGACUCGGCCGGAUCUGGAGAUUCGGAAGUGCAACGAACGAUGUUGGAACUGCUAAACCAACUGGAUGGCUUCGAGCCGACGAAGAAUAUCAAGAUCAUCAUGGCCACGAAUCGACUGGAUAUUCUGGAUCCGGCACUGCUGCGACCUGGACGUAUUGACCGGAAGAUUGAGUUCCCCCCACCCUCCGUUGAAGCUCGUGCCGAUAUUCUACGGAUCCACUCCCGCUCAAUGAACUUGACCCGCGGCAUCAAUUUGACAAAGAUUGCCGAGAAGAUGAACGGCUGCUCUGGAGCCGAGUUGAAGGGUGUCUGCACCGAGGCGGGCAUGUACGCGUUGCGCGAGCGACGGGUGCAUGUUACGCAGGAGGACUUUGACUUGGCGACCGCCAAGAUCCUCAACAAGCAUGACGAUAAGGAAGUGGCGGUCUCCAAGCUGUGGAAGUAA